AUGGAGAUUUACUUUAUUUAUGUAUUAUCCGUAAUAGAAUUAUAUAAUCAUGAUAAUAAUAAGGGAUGUUUAGCUUAGAUAUAUACUGGAGAAGGGAAAACGUUAAUAGUAUCGAUGUUGACCUUAUUAUUAUGUAAAAAGAAAAAGACAAAUGUUGACAUAGUAAUAGUUCUCCAGUGUUGUCAAUAAUAGAUGCUCAAAAAUUAAGUCCUUUUUAUAAAUUAUUUUAAUUAUCUGUCUCUCAUAAUAUACAUGAAUCAAAUUAGAGAGAGAAAAAGCUUCCAUGUUAUGAUUGUCAAAUUAUAUAUGGAGAUACACAUAGUUUCUAAGCUGAUAUAUUAAGACAUGAAUAUUCAAAAUUAGGAACGAUGGGAAAUAGAUAAUAAGGAUAUGUUAUUGUUGAUAAAGUUGAUUCCAUGCUUAUUGAUGGUAAUAAUAAUAAGACAAUUCUAAUUUCUCCUAUUCCAGGAAUGCUUGAUUUAAGCAUUAUUCUUGGAUUGAUAUGGGAUUAAAUUUGUAAAGUAGAGCCAAACCUUUUGACUCCGAUCCAGAGGGUAUGAUGGCAAUUUAGUUGUUGACCUAGACGAAUAUAUUGAAAAAAACUCAAUAAUUAGUUAAGAUGCUUAAUAAAUUUUAUUCCUUAAUUUCGUUUAAAUUAUAUCAACUUUAUGAAAAGAUUUUGAUUGAAAGUGCUAUUUAAGCAAAGUUUAAUCUCCUUGAAGGUGUAAAUUACAAAAUUGAUAAUGAUAAUAUUAGAAUAGUUGAUUAUCAAAAUACAGGAGUUGUACAUAAGGAAAAUAUGCAAUGGGAAAAAGGUUUACAUCAAUUUCUUUAAAUCAAACAUAAGGUUCCCUAACUCCAUUGA